UCGGUUGGUCGGUUCGUUUCGUUAGGUGUUAAAGGUGUUAGUCGUUUGGGAGUGUUUUAGUAAUGUGAAGUAAAGUGAUAUGUGGUUUGUGUAAUUGUAAUACAUCAAAGGCAAAAACCAACAAAUAGACUAUAAUUAUUUAAAAAUCGACAUUUUUCUACUUUAGCCUACCAAUAAUCUGAUUUAGCAAUGCUACGAUUCAGUGCAAGACUGAUUGUUUCAAGCAGCAAAUCAUUUACCAAAAACAAUAACAUGUACAGGUCUGAUCUAUUCAAACUGUCAAGACUUUACCAAUCUGAAGUACAAAAUACAAGCGUUUAUAUGCUCAAAGAAUUUUCCACUCCUCAUUUUACUUUAGUAAUGGAUACUGUAAAAGAACUCGGUUUUUCCGAGAAUGAAAUCAAAUCCGUUAUUCAGAAGCAACCUGACCUACUGAAUAAAACUCCAGCUGUAUGGAACAAUAUAUUGGGUAGUUUGUUGGAUUGUGGGUUAGAGAAAAAAGCUGUCGUUUCUAUAAUUAAUAAAUGGCCAGAUGUGCUAUCAAUGAAGAAAAGUGAUUUGGACAAAAAUAUUGGGGCUUGGUUGAGGUGUAACUUGUCGACUGAGGUUAUUUUUGAAAUUUGGACAAUGCAUCCAUCUCUUUUACAAGUUCACUACACAACUGUUGAAAAGCGCAUAAAGCAAUUUCAGAUAUUUUUUGAAACAAAAAAAGGUGUUGGGAAGCUGGUGUUGUUGGCUCCAAAUGUUAUUGAAGAGAACUUUGCAGAAUUGUUUGACAAGCUCAAUUAUUUAGACGAGCUGUGCACUGAAAAAUCCGAAAUCAUAUCAUCAGCAGUUUUGGGCCACAGCGCACUCCAUAUCAGAACAAGGCACGAGUUCUUGAUAAGAGCCGGUAUUUAUAAAAGACCCGGUAAAGAAUUUAUCAAGAAAUUGUCCAAGAAUCCAAAAUUAAUUGACGUUGUUAACACAAGUGAUAAAGACUUUGUUAGUAAUAUAGCUAGGCUCUCAAUGUUGGAAUAUGAAGUUUUCUCAGAGAUGUAUAAGAAAGAGUACGAACAAGUCAGUAACUCUGAUGUUGAUUCAGAAGAUGAUGAACCGAACUUGUAUGGACGACAAAAGAAACGUAAACCAUCCAGAGUGUAG